GGGUGGGUGGGCACUCACUCUGCUCUAAUCCAGCAUAUGAACCAUGAGCAGAAAGAGGAGACUGAGAUUGGCUGAGGACUCAGAGACACAGUCUGGGAGGAAACUCAGACAAAGUCAGUCAGAGUUGGAUAAGAUUUCAACAGGUUGGACUUUUUAGUGGAAUUUGUUCUUUUUUUCUGUGCUUGUUUGUUUAUUUUUUUCUGAGAAAGUGAAUGAAAAGUUGGGGAGGAAAAGACGAGCACGGCUCUUCUGAAGGUGGCCGGUUCUCUGGUUGUUUGGACUUGUUUUACCUCUUCACCAUGGCAGACAAGUGGACCCUCCUGAAACUGGCUUUUAUCCUUUUACUGCUCACAGUCCAAACAAAGGGCUGCAAUGAUGGAUUUAACAAACAGAACAACGAGUGUGUUGAUGACGAUGAGUGUGCUGAUAAUGGACUAUGUGGAGACAAUGCAAAAUGUUUUAACACAAUCGGCAGCUACUACUGCCAGUGUGCUGAAGGUUUUAAGUCAUCAAGGAAUGAGAAAUUUAAAGCUGAUUCACCUGAAAAAUGUAAAGAUAUAGAUGAAUGUUUAACUGCAAGCAUCUGUGGACCUAAUGCCAGUUGUAAAAACACAAUUUCCAGUUAUAUCUGCUUUUGUAACGAGGGCUUCGUCUCCUCCACUAGGAUGGAAACUUUCCAUCCUGGUAACAACGCUUCAUGCAACGAUAUUAAUGAAUGUGAAGAGGGCUCGGUUUGUGGUCCGAACUCAUCGUGUGUCAACACACACGGCAGCUCUUACUGCAAAUGCAAUGUCGGCUUUGGGUUGAGAUCUGGCGAACUAAACUACACUGGAAAGGUGGAACAAUGUGAGGACGUUUGUAAGAUUGAUGAGACGAUCUGUAGGAAUGGAACCUGUAGCGUCGAAGAUGGUGGCCACUUCUGCGCCUGCCAUGCCGGUUUCACCAACUACGGCCGGAGAAGGUCUCCCUGUGUUGAAUUAGACUGCGAUGUUUUCAAAGUUGUGGACAUUCUGGGAGAGAAACAUAACAUUGUACAAGAUCAUGUGAAGCAACUGAAAGAAGGUUGUGUGGACCUCUCAGAGAGCGAGGACCCAAAGGAGCUGGAUGGGGAGCACCUUUUAAAGGUUCUCCAGUCUAUUAUCGACAAGCUCCUGUCCAGUGAAGUCCUCAGAGACAACAGAAAGGUCUCAACAUUUCUGGCCUUGGUGGAGGAAGCUCUGAGGCUCUCUGGACCUUUCGUUGCAACUCCAGGAACUAAAAUGUCCUCCUCUCACACAGAACUAGAGUUGGUGGUUUACAACGGCUCGAUCAUACCCCAAGGGAGGAAAAAAUUAUCAACUAAGCACGCUCAGUUGGAGGUGGACAUGGAGGUCGCUGCUGGAGAUCCCUCCCAUCACCCCGGAUUCACAACCGUGUCUUUGCUGACUUAUUCUAACCUGGAAAAAUCAGCAGAUGACUUCUUUACUGGAAUGAAACCGCAUGAGAACCAGAGCUUUAAAAUAAACUCCAAAGUGGUGACAGUCACUGUCAGUAACAGAGACACCAACCUCCUCAAAGAGCCUGUCAAAAUAAAGAUGUACCACCUUGAACAGUCAAAUGGAUUCCUACACACCUGUGUGUUCUGGGAUUCUUCAGAAGAUGGGGGAACAUGGUCCUCUCGAGGCUGCAGCACUGAGGAGUCCAACUCAGAAUACACCACGUGUUCCUGUGACCACCUCAGCAGCUUUGCUGUGCUCAUGGCUCUCUAUGAAAUAGAGGCUCAGUUUGAGUUGCAGUUGGUCACCUGGGUGGGCCUGUCCCUCUCACUGAUUUGUCUUUUCAUCUGCAUUCUGACGUUUUCCAUGAUCCGCUCCAUUCAGAGUCCAAGAACCACCAUCCACCUGCAUCUCUGCAUCAGCCUCUUCAUCGCUAACGCCAUCUUUCUCGCAGGCAUCUCCAAGACAGAGAACAGGGUUGGAUGUGCGGUUGUAGCAGGGCUGUUGCAUUUCUUCUACCUGUCAGCAUUUUGCUGGAUGUGUCUGGAAGGUGUCCAGCUCUUCAGGAUGGUAGUCCUGGUCUUUAACACCCACUUUAAAACUUUCUACAUGAUGGCAGGAGGCUAUGGAGUCCCAGCUGUAGUUGUUGCUAUCUCUGCAUCCGUUAACUCUAAGGGCUAUGGCACCAACAGAUAUUGCUGGCUAAACCUGAGUUCCAUCUGGAGUUUCUUUGGACCUGCCUGCGUCAUCAUCCUUGUAAACAUUUUAUUUUUUCUCAUCACUGCAUGGAAACUGGCACAGAAGUUAACAAGUUUAAACCCAGACCUGAACAACUUGCAGAAAAUAAAGGCGUUCAUCGUUACUGCAGUGGCACAGCUGUGCGUUCUGGGCACAAUGUGGAUCUUUGGGUGUUUUCAGUUUGAGACAAACUCAAUAACCAUAUCCUACCUGUUCACCAUAUUUGGCAGCCUUCAAGGCUUCAUGCUGUUUGUCAUGCACUGUCUGUUUUCCAAGCAGGUGAGGGACGAAUAUGCAAAUAUUCUUUGUGGACUCUCUGCUCCGCGGAAGAGGAAAUAUUCAGAGUUUAGUUUCUCCCACUCCAGUAAAGCAAAUGCAUCCAAGAGUACCCAGGACACAGGGGAGUCCCACAUUUAGGACGAACCGUGGCUUGAGACAAAAGGCAGCAACACUGUAAUUUGACUGGUUCUUUUAAGAUCUGCGUUUAUCUGUUGUAAAGACUUCAUAUGAACAUUUGUGUGAAUCUGUUCAUAAAAACUAAUUUACUGAACAUCAGCAUCUUUAAAUACAGAAAAUCUGUACUCAUUAUGAUGUCCAAAAACAGUUUAAGCACCUGUUUAAUCAGGUCACACGUUGUUUCACUCAGGUACUAAAAUCAGUCAAAGAAAAAACAUUUUUCUAUUGUUUCAAUGUAAAUAUGACUGAAACUAUGACCCUUUAUGAGACAUGUUUAUAUUUAUGUGUCCUGGUCAGCAUUUCUGCUAAUAACUGUAUUAAAAAGCUCUGUUUACUCUGUUGUAACAUGUUUUAAGGUGUCAUUUUGAUAAUUAUGCAGUUAUGCAACUCUUUAUAGCACUGUAAAAUAAUGUUUAGCUCACAUUUUGACUUCAUUAUGCUAACAUUUUAUUUGUGAGACAGAUUUAAACUUUUUCUAUUACUUGCUUUUAUGUUUUCUGCAAAUAAAUACAAUGCACCUUACAUUUACUGC